UUCCAAUUGACCUUCCACGUUUUGGAUUUCUUUUCAAUGUCUGUUUGUGAAUCAAAUGAAAAUCCCUACUCAAGGAGUUACAUCCACCUAGAAAACUAUGAUAAAAAUGACUUGAAAAUACGUAUUAUGCAGUGGAACAUGCUUGCUCAGGGCUUUAUUCCAUUGGACGAAUUCAUAUACUGUCCUUGUAAAUUGUUAUCGUUCGAACGUAGAUGUAAAUUAAUCAGUGAAGAGAUCCUGCGUUAUGAUCCAGAUGUUGUUUGCUUACAAGAAGCAGACAUAAUUAAAGACAUAGUGAAAAGUCUCAAUGCGAGCAGUGGGAGAGAUAAUUAUUCGUUUUGUUUUCUGCCAAAGAUGUCCUCUCCUUGUUUGAUGGUUAAAAAUAAUCACGGGCCUGAUGGACUUGCUGUUAUUUAUCGGAACGAUAAUUAUGAACUGAUAAAAUCCGAAAAGAUUCCUCUCAAUGAAGACGAUUCACGUUAUGCACUUUUUUGUCACUUCGUACCCAAAGAUAUUGGACACUUAAAUCAGAGCUGCUCUGAUAUCUACCUAAUAUGUCUUCACUUAAAAGCUAAGGUAUAUUGUUCUGAGAUACGAAGAAAACAAGGAGAAGAACUUGUUAAAUAUUUAAAUUCAUUUAUUAAGCGUAUUUCUUCCACUUCUGCACCUGUAAAUAGCACUGUAUUUCCUCCCAUUUUUAUUUGUGGUGAUUUUAAUGCUGAACCUACAGAACCAGUAAUUAAUAUUUUACAAAAUUUCUCUUUGAAUUCUAACACACUAUAUAAGCUCACAAGUGCUUAUUACGUAGCAGGUGGUUGUAAAGAACCUGAAUUUACAACAUGGAAAAUCAGAAAAAGUAAACGAAUUGUAGAACUUACCGAAGACUGUCACACGAUUGAUUAUAUUUGGUAUUGUGAUCGAUUAUGCACCUUGUUAGGUGCCUGGUCCAUUCCAUCAAAAACUGAGAUUGGUCCUAAUGGUCUACCGUCAGCUAUAUUUCCAUCAGAUCAUAUGAAUUUGAUUGCAGAUUUUAGUUUACGCUUAUGCAAGUAGUAUAUAGUCUUCUUCUUUGAUCUAUCGCUUUUUUGAGAUAAACAUUAGUUUCAUCAUAUUUACUGCUUGAAUUGGUUUUGUCGUUGAUUUAAAUUUAGUUUAAUAUAGCUCCAAGUCAAUUGAUUAACUUUGGGUGUUAAUUUGCAUGAAACAAGAAAUCAAGUACUUAUUAACGCUUUAUUGAAAUUUUAUUUUCAUGAUCUUCAUUAAAUAAACUGUGUAAAUAUGUAUUGACGAUUUAUUUCUUUAAAGCGUAACUUCAAAUUUUCAUGUUUUUUCCCUGUUUAAAUUUGAUUCCAGCACUAGUUACUUAAAAUCGUAUCUAUUUUACUUUAUUUGAGUAAAUUAAAUUAAAUACACCGUCACUUCAUCACAGCUUAAAGACAUGAGUAGUU